UCCGCCCCUCGCUGGCACUCAGCUAAUCAGGGCGGGCGGGGUGUAAACUUCCCUGCUGACCCCGCCUCCCCGGCGCUGGGCAAUUUAGAGCCGCGCGCGGGGCGGGAAUGUAAGAUGGCGGAAUAGCAACGCGAAGUGCUUAGUACUGAGCCUCUCGGCCGACUUGGUUCGGGUCUCGGCAGCAGCAGUGAUCGCUAAGCAAAGAGCGCCUAGGGUAGUUGGCCAAGAUGCCGAAUAUCAAAAUCUUCAGUGGCAGCUCCCACCAGGACCUAUCCCAGAAGAUUGCCGACCGCCUGGGCCUGGAGCUAGGCAAGGUGGUGACUAAGAAAUUCAGCAACCAGGAGACCUGUGUGGAAAUCGGUGAAAGUGUGCGUGGAGAGGAUGUCUACAUUGUUCAGAGCGGCUGUGGUGAAAUCAAUGACAAUCUGAUGGAACUUUUAAUCAUGAUUAAUGCCUGCAAGAUUGCUUCAGCCAGCCGGGUUACUGCAGUCAUCCCGUGCUUCCCUUAUGCCCGGCAGGAUAAGAAGGAUAAGAGCCGGGCUCCAAUCUCUGCCAAGCUGGUGGCAAAUAUGCUCUCUGUAGCAGGCGCAGAUCAUAUUAUCACCAUGGACCUACAUGCUUCUCAAAUUCAGGGCUUCUUUGAUAUCCCAGUGGACAAUCUGUAUGCAGAGCCUGCCGUCCUGAAGUGGAUAAGGGAGAACAUCUCUGAGUGGAGGAACUGCACAAUUGUCUCGCCCGAUGCUGGAGGAGCUAAGAGAGUGACCUCCAUCGCAGACCGGUUGAAUGUGGACUUUGCCCUGAUUCACAAAGAGCGGAAGAAGGCCAAUGAGGUGGACCGCAUGGUGCUGGUGGGAGAUGUAAAGGACCGGGUGGCCAUCCUGGUGGAUGACAUGGCUGACACUUGUGGUACAAUCUGCCAUGCAGCUGACAAACUUCUCUCAGCUGGAGCCACCAGAGUUUAUGCUAUCCUGACUCAUGGGAUCUUUUCUGGCCCAGCCAUUUCUCGCAUUAACAACGCAUGCUUUGAAGCAGUAGUAGUCACCAAUACCAUACCUCAGGAGGAUAAGAUGAAGCACUGCUCCAAAAUACAGGUGAUCGACAUCUCCAUGAUCCUUGCAGAAGCCAUCAGGAGAACUCAUAAUGGGGAAUCUGUCUCCUACCUGUUCAGUCAUGUCCCUUUAUAAUAGAAUAACUUCGGAGGCUUUAAAAAAAUAAAGUGAACCCCGCCCCUUACUUCCCCUUGGUAUUUGAUGAACAAUCUAGCAGAAGACCCAGCUUGUGGCAGUGUCGCUUUCUGCUCCCAUAUCAGGUGUAUUAGUGUUUCUCCUAAAUUAGAGAAAGAUUGAGGGUAAGUGCUGGGAUUUCCUGCCUGCAUUGUCUCGUCCCUGGCUUCUUUGAUCUUGUGAGCCUUGCAGCUUUACACACGGCUCAGCUGCUACAAGAUUUCUGACCUCAGAGGGCGUUAUGUAGGGUAUCUGAGGUGUCCCAGGGAAGCUCACAUUACUUUGCACGUGAACAUUUCUGGGUUUCCUUGGUUCAGAGGUACUAGCAACAAAGCCAACCCACCCCCGCCCCCAGUGUGUGACAAGUUCUCUAAAGUACUAAAUUAUAGCAAGAGCCCGGGGCAGCCUGAACCCAGCUCUGGUUGCUGAGCUCCUGUGAGGCUGGAGCAGCUCUAGGGCGGGAGCCUGAGGGGAGGCAGCCCACCAGGCAGCAAAUGCUUCUUGGGAGGAAAAAGCCUGACCCAUCCCCCUUUGCUUGGAUUCUGUCGCUUGGAUUCUCCUUCUUCCCCGUUCCUUUCCAUUUGGCCUGACUUUCUUUUCCUGGCCAAAUGCCCUCUUGGUCCCAAAUGAUCAUCGUGCCAGUCUCCUGGAAAGCAAACUCCGCUUCUGCUAUAUAAUCCUUAACAUUUAUGUGAGAUUAUUUUGCUGUAGCUUAAUCUUCCUUAGCCCACUACCACCACGGUAGUAGGUUUUAGGUGGUGUCAUAGUGCCUUUUGAUUAAUUUAACUAUUUCAUGAUCAUCUUCCUUCCUUGGAUCUAUUUGGCCUCUCAAAUGACCUGAGAUGUCUGUUAAAAAGUGAUGUCACUGUCUCUGGUAGAAGAAACUAAUAAACUGUCUCUGUGUGA